GGUGUCCGUGGAUCCGGAGCGCGCUCGGCAGGCGGCGUCUCCGCGCGCGGACCCAAAGCCACUUUUCUUUGCUGUCUUUCAGUUCCGCACGUUCGACCCGUGUAAGCAGCUGUGGUGCAGUCACCCCGACAACCCUUACUUCUGCAAGACCAAGAAGGGCCCGCCCCUCGACGGGACCGAAUGCGCGCCCGGCAAAUGGUGCUACAAGGGUCACUGCAUGUGGAAGAACCCCAGUCAGGUGAAGCAAGACGGCGCCUGGGGCUCCUGGAGUAAACACGGCUCCUGCUCGCGCUCCUGCGGCACCGGCGUUCGCCUGCGCACGCGCCACUGCAACCACCCCGCUCCCAUCAACGGCGGCCAGGAUUGCCCGGGCGUCAACUUCGAGUAUCAGCUUUGCAACACGGCCGACUGCCCCAAGCACUUUGAGGACUUCCGAGCGCAACAGUGUCACCUGCGCAACCCCCACUUUGAGUUCCAAAGCGCCAAGCACCACUGGCUGCCCUACGAGCAUCCGGACGCCAACAGGAGGUGCCACCUGCACUGCCGGUCCAAGGAAACGGGCGACGUGGCGUACAUGAAGCAGCUGGUGCACGACGGCACGCCCUGCUCGUACAAGGACGCCUACAGCGUCUGCGUUCGGGGCGAGUGCGCGAAAGUGGGCUGCGACCGAGAAAUGGGCUCCAGCAAAGCGGAGGACAAGUGCGGCGUCUGCGGAGGCGACAACUCCCACUGCCGCACCGUCAAAGGAAGCUUCACCCGGACCCCCAAGAAGGCCGGCUCCCUUAAGAUGUUUCUCAUUCCUCCCGGAGCGAGACAUGUCCUCGUCCAAGAACAUGAGGCCUCCCCUCAAAUUCUUGCGAUCAAGAACCAGGCGACGGGCCACUACAUCCUCAACGGCAAAGGAGAGGAGGUCAAGUCCAGGAGCUUCAUCGAUUUGGGCGUGGAGUGGCACUACAGCAUCGAGGAAGACGUGGAAACGCUGCACACCGACGGACCGCUGCGCGACCCCGUGGUGGUUCUGAUCAUCCCCAAGGACAACGAAACGCGCUCCACUCUGACCUACAAGUACGUCAUCCACGAAGACUCGGUGCCCGUCAACGACAACGACGUCAUCCGGGAGGACGCGUACGAGUGGGCGCUCAAGAGUUGGUCCCCUUGCUCCAAGCCCUGCGCCGGAGGCCACCAGUACACCAGGUACGGCUGUCGGAAGAAAGGGGACACCAAGAUGGUCCACAGGGGCUACUGUGACGUCGGCAAGAAGCCCAAGCCCAUACGCCGCAUGUGCAACCUGCAGGACUGCGCGCAAGCCCGGUGGGUGUCGGAGGAGUGGGAGCACUGCACGCGCUCCUGCGGCAGCCUGGGCUUCCAGGUGCGCACGGUGCGCUGCGUCCCCGCCGCGCAUUACUGCGGCGGCGAGCGGCCCGACGCCCGCCGGCCCUGCAACCGCCUGGCCUGCCCCUCGCACUGGAGGACGGGGGCCUGGUCCGAGUGCUCCGUCAGCUGCGGCGAGGGGACGGAGAGGCGACUGGUCAGCUGCCGAACGGGAGAGCAGUGCGGCGGGGACAAGCCGGAGAACGUGCGCGUGUGCCGGCCCGGACCGUGCCACGACGAGCCCUGCCACGGAGACAAGUCCAUCUUCUGCCAAAUGGAGGUCCUGGCUCGCUACUGCUCCAUCCCCGGCUACAACAAACUCUGCUGCGAGUCGUGCGGCGCACGCGGCGGCGGCGGCGCUCUUAUCUCUCAGCCCGAGGACCACGUACGCUUCGGUUCCGCCUCCCAGUUGUUGGAGACGCUGACGGCCAACGCCACGCGUCAACAACGGCCAAACGCCGGCGAGCCAAACGGCGGGAAACUGCCAAAAAACGGCGGCAAGCCUCAGCGGAACGGAGAGAAGCGACAACAAGACGCCGCUCGAUCGAGACCGGUCAGCAAAACGACACCGGCGCCCCGCAGGAACCCGAGGGACGCCGCUGCGGUCGGGAAACGGCGGUCGGGACGCGGCGGCUUCACCGACGGCCGGUGGCCCGCCGCCUCCUCGGAAGUAGAGAGAUGAGAGCGGCGCCUUCUCUCAACGGGACUACGCAGGCACAGCGGCCUGUUCCUUCCGCGUCUUCUCACGCCGACGACGACGACAACAACAACAACAACGUUUUCAUCAAAGACACAAACAAAGAGGUGCUGGUUCACUUUACCUCGAGUUACGGAGCUGUCGCAAGUAGGAAGCCGAGCAGUUAUUUCAAGAAGGGCGCGAGGAUUUCAAGGGAUCUUUUUUUUUUUUUGUAUUUGUCCCAAAUGGAAAUGUUCCGACGACACCAAACAAAACCAAAAAAAAAAAAAAAAAAAACCUUCCGGAUGUGAAACAGAACAUACAGAAUUGUCGCCUCUUAUCAACGAACAAAUCAAAGACCCUGGAAGACAAAUCAGUCUUCGACAUCAACUCAUCAAGCAACUUGUGUGUUAGCUUUAAAUAACAAUAAAUAGCAAAGGCUCUUGACUGGAAAUGAAACGUUAAUUUUGGCAUCGAUGAACUUCACGUGUUGGUUGAAAAUCAAAGACAUUUUAGUCUUUGGCCAAACUCGAGCGCUUCCC